AUGCAUGGAAAGCGUGCAGUCAGAGAACUGCGAGUUGUGGGCAACGAAUGCGCCCUCCCACCACUUGAGCUUGCCAUGGGUUUCAUCAAUAGUAUCAUCCAAAACCUCGAAGUCACUCAUGAACUCAAUCUCACGCUCACCAAGCAGCUCAUUACCAACAAUGACUUACUGCCUGUCGAGUCAGAGACACGCACAUGGCACGGAUCCAACUACGUUGCCUUCUGGAUGGCCGACAUGUUUAAUAUAAACAUAUGGGGGAUUGUAUCCUCCAUAAUUCCAACUAGGAGUGUAGUGGUGGCAAGCCCGGAUAUGCGUUGGCCAGGUUACGGCAUUGCCACAGCGUUCCUUGUUCUGAAAUGCGCGUCCUGGGGCCAUCAUCCAUGUGACGUUCCCAAUUGUGAACUGCACGAGUUUGUGGAUGUUUUAGAGCCUGCGCUGAGGCUGGGCAGUACCAAAUUCGAUGCCAGCAUCUUGUGGAACGGAUACUCGAGAUUUCCUGUGCUUCUUCUUCUUUUAGCUCAUUUCGCUGCCGGUUGUGGUUCCCGGUGCACAAGGUCCUCAUUCACAUUCCUCAUAUGGUGCAUCGUGAAAGCUCACGGAAUCGGUCCGAUUGUACACCAACAUGCCAUAUUGCACGGAUCAAAGCUAAGCUGGGCCAUGGUGACGCUUGUCACGAACGCACUGGAGAUCCCCUCGCGCGCUCGCACCCCAUCGGCCGCGCUAUACCCACAACUAUCCACAUGUCCUCUCACUGCAUCAUUUAUGUUAGGUCCGAAUCCUCGCCCGCUGGUCAUCGCAGGUAACAGUGUACGGGACAACCAUCUGGUCUCCCAUGGAACUUUUGGGAAAUUCCUUGAAUGA